AUGGACUAUAAAGCAAUUGCCCAGCAAACUGCUCAAGAAGUUUUAGGUUACAGUGAAGAUACAACAGGCUGGAAAGUGGUGAAAACUUCAAAAAAGAUAACCAUUUCCAGCAAGGCAUCUAAAAAAUUCAAUGGAAAUAUCUAUCGUGUUGAAGGGAUUAUUCCACAAACAACAAGUAAACUAUCUGAAUUUCUCUACCUACCUGAUCACAGAGUUACAUGGGAUAAAUCAUUGCAAGUCUUCAGUCUGAUAAAGAAGAUUGAUUCGGAUACAAUGAUAUGCCAUACUAUUACACAAAGCUUUGCCCUGGGCUCAAUUUCUCCCCGAGACUUUAUUGACUUAGUACACAUCAAGCACUACGAAGGGAAUAUAGUGAUUAUCAGUUCUAAUAGUGUGGAUGUUCCAGAAUAUCCUCCAUCUUCAAAUUAUAUCCGUGGUCAUAACCAUCCUUGUGGCUAUGUUUGUUCACCUCUGCGAGAGAACCCAGCACAUUCUAAACUAGUGAUGUUUGUCCAGACAGAACUGAGAGGAAAACUGUCGCCAUCGGUAAUUGAAGCAACCAUGCCUUCUACCUUAAUAAGUGUCAUGUACAAUGUGAAAGAUGGAAUAAAGGCACUCAGAAAUACACCAGAAUGUUCAGCCCAUCAAAAGGCUCAUGCAUCAUGCCUGAAGAAGAAAUGA